AUGACAGGGCCGCUCCGACCUACCAUUGAACAACAUACGGCGGCGUCCUCCCCAGCUCGACCUCCGUUCGAUGAUCUCCUCGCUGACGAUGCAUACGGAAGUAGCGACAGAAGUGAGGAAGAUGAUUGGCUUGAACAGCAUCCCCUACCAUUCCCGAGCACCGAGGCCGAUCGAGCCUUCCUGAACUGCAUCGGGCCAGAAUGGAAUUCGGGUUGGAACGCUGAAUAUGUUCGAAGGGGACAAAGAGAGAGCAAUGCGCAAUCUCCUCCAAUGACUCAAGAAAUACCCUCGCAAGCUAAUAGCUCGCCUCUGGAGAGCUUCGCCAUACCUGUAAGUGGCCUCGGAAAUGAGUAUAGACAAGUCGCACCAGACCCCACCAUGAGGCCACCCUACCGAGAUGUAUAUGCAGAUGCACAUACUUCUUUCAUGUCUGGAGCUCGUUCACAUCCCGCAAGUCAAGAGAGUCCACUUGUUUCUCCUUUUCUGGCGCAUUAUACGAAUACUCUGCAAGCAUUAUCGACUCCAUGGACCCCUUCCGAGAGCGGUGCAUACAACACUCAAAGACCGGCAGAGGACAUUCAAGAGGUAAUGCCACGCAUCGCGCUUGAAGCGAAUCGUCAUAUGCUUGUCACGAGGAACUUUUCAUUGUAUGCUGAUCGAGCACUGAGAAACCCUAUCUCACCGCGACACCGGCACAUGAGAUCUGGAUCCAGCCAGUCUUCUGAAUCGCCUGGGCAGGACCAAACACUCUCAAAUUCAUUCGAGGGUGCUGCUGGUGAGGCUGGCAUAGUGCAAUACCGCAAAAGACGACGGGCGACCAGCCCGAAUGCGGCAGCUGCUCUUAUCAACACGUAUAGGGCAAGACAACAGGCAGACGAAACUGAGCUCAACAACCGUAAGUGUCAAACCCUGCUCUUACUACACAUGACUAACCGCUUAGUUCUUCGCGAUUCUUCUGUCACACAAGGUGGAGGCAGUGGCGUAGACUCUACAUUUGUAAGGCAAGCCACGGCGAGUAACCGUCUAAUGGAAGAAAGCUUGUAUGGGGGCCUUCUGGCAUUCUCUAGCGGACAAUCGCCAGCAUUUUGUUUGCCCCGGAUGAAUAUAGGUCAAAGAUCUCACAUUUUUACCUCCGAACUCUUUCCACGCAGCUUCAGUCUCACAAAGCGCGACAUACUUAGCCAGAUCUUCAGGAACCAAAGCUUCGUGCCUGCAGCUAAGCAGGAGAUACAGGGCCUUCCUAAGCCCAUCAUCUACUAUGUCACAAAACGAAGCUCGGCAUCACGAAUUGGACCGAUUGGACCGAGAAACUUGCCGCUAGGCCCAGGCCGUAGAGGCUGGCCAACAGAUAGUCUGCCAGUAGAAGUCUUCAAUACAAUUACGAGCUAUCUGCCUCGCGAGAGCCUGCAAGCUAUGCGCUUAGUCAAUGCAGAGUUCGAAAGGAAGACUUCCAACAAGCUCUUUCAUACAGUCGUUGUGCCUUUUAGAUCCGAGAUCUAUGGCAUGAUGACUCAUCAGGACGAAUCUCAGGCCCCUUCGAGGAGUGUUCGCAAGGGCAAAGGCAAACAAAAGGCAAAAUUGACAUUGGCCUCGGCAGAUACUGCUGACAGAACUAUCCAUGACGGCAUGAAGGUGUUCGAAGCCUGGGGUCCGCACAUUAGGAGAUUCGCGAUGGCGUUCGAAGUAGAUGAAACAGCGUUAGAAAAAGCGCCCAAGAAAGGAAAGUUUGAGCAACACACAACGUGGUGGGGUGGCUAUCAAUGGCCUCAUCCCUAUUACAAUCGCUAUGAAGCUUGCGAAUGUCUCGAAAAGAAAGCUGAUGAGUUCAAGUGCAUGUCAAAAGCUUUAUCUUACCUACAAGAGACCAUGGAAUUAGGCUUGUCCCUGGACAGUGGACUUGGAUGGUUGUCUGGACCUGACAAAUCAGAUCGUGCUAGAUUAAUCGAAGGGAAGCCCGAAUUGUUUGGUCUGGGAGAUGUUUUGCAAGCUUCCAAACGACAAGAAGCAAAACACAUUUGGGACGACAUAGUAGAAUCUGUCCCGCGAAGGUAUACCAAUGAGGGCUGGCUUUCGGAAGGCGAAGCUAUCGAGGUACAGGUAACGCUGCGUAGCGAUACAAAGCAGAUCAGCUUCUUUGAUACAGCUAGUCGCUCACACCACAAACCUCUCAUAUUUGAGGGCGUAGACUUGUCAGCCGCAUCUUCUUCAAGCCUUAACCCCGAGGUUCAGAGUCGCUACGCCGUUGAAGGCCUAUCAGCUCUUUCCAAACCAGACGGCGGACCUUACAAUAAAGCUGUCUUGAAACCUGCACACCUGUCUAUAGCCCAGCAGGAAUGGCUGCUGGAGACAGAGUGGGCGCAACGAGCGUUCCUAUCCAGUUUCUGUAUGGCUUUAUGUGACAAUGCUUAUACCUUCCGAUACGUGCAUACUCUCAAUAUCUCCAACCUUUCCAGCAGAUACCUAUCAGCACUACAACGUGAUGACAUCUGGAAUGCUCUGACCCAGCUCAGCAAGCUGGUCCUCAAUGUUUCUCCCGAUUGGCGCAAUAUUAUGAAGACGGACACUGGUCUUGUAGAGGCCAGCGAUAUUCGGCCCUCAACAGCGUCGACACAUUUCUUCAAUCUUCUAGUCAAUUCCGUUGCCAAAGUAGAGAAUAUCAAGUCUCUUACCCUUGGCUACACCAGUGGAGGAGAGCACCAGCCUGGGAUAUUUGGUCGUAACAAAAAUAUUCUACCAGCACCAAUCAUAGACUUCCUGGAUCCUAAUGCUAUCCUUCAGCGAACCAACAGAGUACUGGAGCUUCCUCACGUUGAAUCUCUGACCCUGGUGAACUGCUGGAUCACGCCUGACUUGCUAAAAACCUUUGUCGCUCAGUUAAAGACUGCCUGCCUUCACCACCUGCAACUUCGAUCUGUAUCCUUGACAGCUCAUACUGCUGCUUUGCCACAGCAGGACCAGGGACAUGCCUCUCCUCGAGACAGUUAUGACACGCCCCAAGGUCCCCCACGGCGUGGCGAUGCUAGCGUAGGCAACUUCUUCGACAUGCGAGUCGGCCACGGGUUAGUUCCAGACCCUGCCCAGGAUGGAUGGGUUACCAAAGGUCAGCGGGUAGGCUCAUGGGGAAAUGUAAUUGACUCCAUCACCCCUGGACCUACUACGGACUUCAUCCGCUACGCAUUCCAAUACCGAGAGGAGCGGCCAGAAACCUUCUCAACAAACCUCGAACGUAUCACGUUUGAGUCUUGCGGCUAUGUCUGUCUCCCCCAUUACAAUAACUUCAAUCAGCAAGGAAUAGGGAAGGUUGUUGACCAGUUGCCCAUCUAUUUGGUUCAACGGGCUGUGGAUCUGCACCCCAUCAUGAUGGCCCGCCCUAACGAUCACUUACUCGGACAGAUUGCUCCUACUCUCAAACCCGAGGAUAUCGAGGUUAUGUGCUCUGCAUUUCCAAUGCGAUUGGGAUGGGGUGCCGCUAGUUACGACAAAGCAAUGGAAAAUCGCGAGGACGGCCAGCCCAAGGGAGGAGAUGGGAGGUUCAGUGGAAUGGUCGACAAAUUAGUACUACCACCCAUCGACUGA